AUGUCAUUUAACGAGAUUCCUAUCAUUGAUCUCAGCAAAGCAUUCAACCCCCAAACAAAACCUCAGUUUCUUAUUGAUCUACGUGAUGCCCUAAUAAAUGUGGGAUUCAUGCUCUUGAUCAAUUACGAAAAAUGCGGUCCCUCCCAUCGAGAUUUCGAGGACAUCAAGCAGCAGGCAGUCGAGUUUUUUGCAUGUCCCGACCAUGUCAAGAAAAAAUGCGAAAUGAUUCAUUCUCCCCACUUUUUGGGUUAUACUAGGUUUGCCAACGAGAUUACGGCGGGGAAAGUCGAUUUGAGAGAGCAGAUUGACUUGGCAACGGAGCUACCCCCACCCAAGGAUGGCGAACCGCUAUACAAGCAAAUUGAAGGUCCAAACCUAUGGCCCGACGAGAGAGAAACGCCUAACUUCCGUCCUGUAGUAACCCACUACAUUGAUGUAAUGACUCAACUCAGUACAAUCUUUAGAAACCUGGUUUGUGAAGCAAUUGGGCUGGAAUCUAAUGGUUUUGAUUCGCUCUUCAAGGAAAAUCAGCAAUGUAAGAUGAAGCUUAUAGCGUAUCCAGAAGUGUCGUACAAAAAGUCGCCUGCGACACUAAAUGAGAGCAAGACCGAGGUAGGUCAAGGUGUUGGACCCCACCGUGAUUCUGAUUUCUUGACAUAUAUAUACCAGGCCUCGGAACACAAAGGGUCGCUCCAGGUGCAGAAUUUCCAGGGAAAGUGGGUCUCUGUUGACAACACCCCUGGUAGCCUCGUAGUAAAUGUAGGGCAAACACUUGAGGCCAUUACUGAUGGUGUAUGCAAAGCCACGAUACAUAGGGUGGUAAGUCCUGAGCAAGGUUCAGGGACAAGAAUGUCCAUUCCUUUUUUUCAAACUAUAGAUCUGGACUCUCACAAAAGUAUAGUUCCUGACAUACCUCCAGAGAUUUUGGACAUGAAAGAUGAAAGAGACAAACACAUUGGUGAUUGGGGAGUAGACGUGGGGUUUCAAUUCUCACCCGAUGUGAGCAAGUACCCUAUUGGCUAUACUGUAUUUCGGAACAGAAUCAAAUCUCACAGGGAUGUGGCUGCCAAGUGGUAUCCCGAAAUCCUCAAGCAGGUGCUCGGCAAGCUGUGA